AUGGGGAGCGCGCGCCCCGGCGCCGGGCCUGCCGGGACCCUCGCGGCCUGCGGACGGCGCGUGCUGCGAGGCGAGCUGGGGGCGCUACCCCCGCCUGGCACAUGGACUUUCGGGCGCCCUCCGGCCCCCUCUCCGAGCAGUCCCAGCCUCCGCCGCUCUCCCCGCCGCGUCAGGCUUUAUAGGGAGGAGGAGGUCCCCGCGGCAGGAGGUCUCCUGGGUACUUUGGAAAGUGUGAACCUGCAUCCGGAGGUGCUGGAGGUGACCUGUCGCCGAAACAUCACUGGCAUGCUGCUGGCAUCCAGCCUGACAAUUAGUGCGGGCGCCUCUCCCUCGACUUCCUGCGGAGCCUCCGCCCGGCCCUGCCCGCGCGCCCGGCCCGCGGGUCUGGGGGCAGCUGGCCCGGCCCUGUGGCCCCUCCUAGAGCCCCUCCCGGUGCUGAGCGUCCUUGAAACCCGCGCCGCGUGGACUGGACGCACCUGCGGCGCCGCGUCCCGGCCGCGCUCCCCAGGCGGUGCGGCGGGAGCGCAGGAGGGGGGCUCUAAGCAGGCGCGCAGGCUCACCUGCACCCCAGAGAGGGCGGGAGCUGCAGAGAAGUGGGCGCUGACGAGGAAACUGGGCGCAGCAGGGCUCACCAGACUGGAUGGACGGACCAGACUGCCUGCACCCGGACGGCAUCGUGGGGGAAAGGAGACUGGAAAGAAGAAACGUUUACGGCCGGGCCAGAGACGUCAGGCAGGCCUGGCCGCGGGAGCGAAGAGCGGAACCCUCCUGGGGCUCCGGGAGCCUGGCUUGCGCCCCGCCAGCUGCGCGCUUCUCGGCGAGCCCGCAAAAGGGAAGAAGGCGUGGAAGGUGCGGAUGGAAGACCGGGCUGGGGCGGGAACCUGCGAGCUGGGGACGCCCUCCCCAGGGAGCCCCGCCCGGAGCCAGCCGGAGGCCGCGCUCGGAGCUCCGCCUCCCGGGCUUGGGACCGGAGGGGGGGGGGGCGUCCGCAGGGGCGUCCGAGAGCCGCCGUCUCCAGACCCUGGGGGAUGGCGGGGUCCGGGGGAGCUGAGGCCGCUUCCGGAGUCGGGGGGCUGCGGGCAGAGGAGGGGGAGAACCGGGGACGCCCGGGGUACAGCGGUGCAGCCCCCUGGCUCCGAGCUCCCUCUGGGUGCAGCCGGAGAGAGGCGUCGCUGUCCAGCCAGGCGCCCUCCGCCUCCUCGACACCCGUCUCCAGAGGUCACCACGCGCCGCUCUGCGGUGCAGGGCGGGGCGCGCCCCCUGGUGGGCGGACCGUUUCAACACCCCGAGCCGAGCCGUCUCGUGUCUCCUGUUCCUUCCUCUCUUCCCGGGCCCCUGGGUCUCACAGGCAGCAAAUGCACGAGGUGUCGGGGCUCGGACUUCCUGAACCCUCAGAGACAGGGAUGCGUGGAGGACGGCGAGGUGUUCAGGCUCGAGCCCGCGUCCGCCGUCCACACGGCGGGCGCUGCAGCUCGGGCGAGCGCUAGGAAGGGAGGCCCCCUUCCGCCUCUCACGGCGGCACUGGUUCUUCCCUGCUGGCCGAGGGGGCGGCUGCGGCCCAGGCUACGUGGGGUUAGCGGUCCCGGGGCCGCUCAGUACGACGGGGGGAGCAGAGAGGACCCGGCUCUGAAAUCGGUUAAUCCAGGUCGUCUCUCCCCGGGGAUUCCGCAGGUGGCUGCUGUGGGGACGCGUCCCCGAAGGGCCCGGCCCAGAGGGGUGGGCUUCCCAGCAAGGAAGGCCCACAGGACGGGGCCUAACGGUGACCUUCUGGGUGACAGUGGGACCUAUAGGCUGGGGGCUGAGCCGGAGACCCAGCAGCAGCCAGAGCAGCUGGAGGACGUGCCAGCACAGGUGGCCAGAAUCCCGGACAUGUCCCGGGCACUGACGCAGCUCUGCAGCCUGGUCACAGAUCUGGAGAAGACCGCAAGGGGCUGGGCGCCAACACACUGAAGGUGCGGACCCCGAGGUAGUGUGAGAGGGACGGGCUCCCCCGCCUCCUGCAGUGGUGGCUCGACCAAGUGCAGGGUGCUGCUGCAGCAGAGCAGGCUGCCGGGGACAGGUGCAUGUGCUCUAUUCUGGGGGUGCCCCCAGGGUGGCAUCCAGCAACAGGCUAGGGAGGGGACGUGGAGGGCCGCAACCUCUGAGAGCCAACUGUGUCUCACUGUCCUCCUCUGUCUACUCGGAUGCUGGCGACCUUCCGGACAGCUAGGAGCUGCCUGGGUCCCACGUGAACCCUCGCAAG